AUGUUUAAGGCGUUUGGGUCCAAGAAGGAGAAGUUCGAGUUCCGGUUUAGGUUUCAUGCUACUCGGGUUCCGGCGACGGGGUUCGAGAGGCUGGUGGUGUCGCUGAUUCCGGUGGACACGGGGAAACUCGAGGGACAGACGCCUAAGGGGGUGGUGAAGAACGGCACGUGCACAUGGACCGACACCGUCACCGAGGUCACUCGCCUCGCCAGGAACCCCAAAGGGAAAGGCUUCGAGCAGAAGGUGUACCGGCUUAUCGUGUCCACGGGCUCCACGCGAGGCGGCAUACUGGGCGAGGCGACGCUGAACCUCGCGGACUUCGCAGGCUUUAACCAGCUCGACCAGCGCGCGCUGCCGCUCAAGUACUGCCCCGCAGGCACCGUGCUGCAUGUGACCAUUCAAUGCUCGUCUCGCGAUCCCAGGGAGGGCGAGGAGUCAGACACGGGGCAGAGCGAGAACGAGGAGGAACUCACGCCCAAGAAGCCAGCCGGCAAAGCAGCAGCUGCUGCUGCUGUAGGGGCAGGCGCAGGAACAGGCGCAGCAGCGGGCGCAAGGGGAGCAGGGGGGGCAGCGGGCGGGGUGCAUGGAGCGGCGGCGGUGGGGCCGAAGCGGAUGAGCAAGAGCAAGUCGGACGCGAGCGACGUGCUGUCGAGCAUCGACCUGCCCAACACCACCACGCCCACAAAGGGGCAGGUGAGUGCAGCACAGGGGUGGGUGGCAAGUGGAGGCAUCGACCUGCCCAACACCACCACACCCACCAAGGGGCAGGAUGACAACGACUCAGCGGAUGCCCUCUAUGAGCGCAACAGGGGCAGGGGCGCAGCAGCGCACGGGGGGGAGGCGCAGGCGCGCGCGGGCGGCAAGGAGCGUCCUGCGGAGGCUGAGGGGUUGCGUCUCAGUGUGGACACGGACGACGCGGGGGGCGGAGGCGGAGGCGGAGGGGGGAUUUUCUUCUGGCGGAAUAAGGACGCUUCCCCGCGCCAUGCGUCCCCACUGCGCGGACGGUUUGGGCGCGACCCUUCCCCCGCGCGCGUGCAUGCGCAGGUGGCGGAACCGAAGGAUGCGGGGAAGGAGAAGCAGCAUGGGGCGCGGCAGCAGCGGGAGGAGGUGAGGCGGCGCCAAUACGCCUUAGACUCUGCCUCAGACGGAACCUCUCAGGGGGGCAUGCCGGAUGCCUUGUCGCCUGGGCUCACCCCGUCCGUGGGCGCGACUGGGAUGGGGUACACAGGGAUGGAGGGGAGCGAGUAUGGGGAGAGGACGCCAGGGGAGAUGACUGGGGAGAAUGAGUAUAUAGAUGAGCUGCAGGAACUGCAGUCGCCUGGCGGGAUGGGGUCUAUGGGUGGCGGCGGUGUGGGGGGAGGAGGUGGGGUUACUCCUAUGACUGGCAUGUCGCCCCGUGGAGCGUUGGGAAGCUGGAGUAACGUUCCGGGGGGAACGCCUCAGACGCCAGUUAGUAUGGUUGGUAGCACCGGCACGGUUCCUGGGACUGCUGGCACUGGCGCGGGGUAUAAUCCCGCGUGGGCGGAGUCCGGCGGGGCGAGCGCGGCAGGCGGGGGGAUGGGCGCGGGCGGGGGUGGUCCGGGGGAGGGGCACCUGGUUUCCCCGCCCUCGAGUAUGAACUCGUCGCCUGUGGCAACUCCGCAGCACCAGCAGCAGCACCAGCACACGCGCCUGGCGUAUCCUGAGUACUACCAGACGUCUGGUAGGGCAGGAAGCGGGGGAGGCGGGGGGAGUGCUGCUAGCGGCGCGGCCAGCGCCCUGUAUGGGAACCACCACCAGGGGGGAGCGCGCGGGGGAGGGAUAGGGGGAGGCAGCGGAGGGGGGGGCAGCGCGGGCGCAAAGGGGAACGGCGCGCUGCCCUCGCCCAGCGCAGGCGCCAUGUCGCCUGUCCCUGCUGGUCCCAUCCCCGACGGGUUCAGCCCCUUAGGCUCAGUGGGGAGUUCCCUGACGAACCCUCUCGGGGCAGUGCACGGGCGCGGCGGAGGAGGCGCGGUUAUGCGGGACUACCCGGGGGAGCUGGCGGCGGCGGAGGCGGCUAUAGAGGAGCUGCAGCGGGACUGCGUGAAAUACCAGCUGAACGCGCGGAAUCUCACCAGGGAGGUGGAGAGUCUGAGGAGCCAGCUGGCUGAGGCGAUCACGCAGGACCAGAGGGCUGAUAUUGCGAUUGGGGAGUUGAAAGGGGAGAGGGAUCAGCUUCAGGAGGAGUUGAACCAGCUGCGGAUGGGGCGGGGAGGCGGGGAAGUGGGCGGCGGGGGGAUGGGGGAGGGGAGCGAGUGGAGCAUGGGCGGACCCGGGGGCAUGCGCGGGGGGAUGGGGGGCGGCAGGGAGGUGGAGAUGCUGAUGGAAGAGGUGGAGUAUCUCAAGGGCACGGUUGAUAGCUUAUCAGCGCAGCUGGAGGUGUUUCAACGGGAUAACGUGGAGCUGUCUAAGUCGCUUGAGGAGGCGGAGAGAGAGGCGGGGAAGUACAGGCGGGACGCGGAGGAAUUGUUUGAGGAUAGGCGGGAGGCGCAAGCGGUGGCGAAGCGGCUGCAGAAGCAGAUGGAGGAGAAGGAGGCGGACUGGAACCGGCGGCUGGCGGAGCUUGCGCAGGGGAAUGGGGGGAUGGACGGGUUGGGUCUGAGCGGGUUGGGGGUUUCGAAGGGGAUGGGCGGCGUGGGAGGGAGCGUGCAGUCAUCGGUUAAGAGGAGUUUGUUUGGCGGGGCGGACAGGCGCGCGGGGCUGGUUCCGCGGAACCUGAGGGAUGAGCUGGAGCUCGCGACGGAGAGCGAGGGGGAGGUGCGGGGCGGCGGAGGCAAUAAGCGGUACGCGGGGUAUGACGGGCAGGAGAGUAGCGGGACGGCGGGCAUGACUUGCGAUGAGAGUGUGCUGUUAGAGCUCCAGCAGAAGGUGGAAGAACUGGAGAAGGAGGCGCAGGAGCUUACAGCAGAGAGUCUUGAGUUAGCAACGGAAUUGAACACGGCGAAUAAGGAGGCCGAGCAGAAGGAUGUGUUGAUCGAGCAGCUGAAGCAGGAGUUGGUCGCGGCGAGGGGUGGGAGAGGGCUUCCGGCGAGUAUAGCGCAGCUGCUCCAGGCAAAACCCAAGCCUAAGCCGUACCAGCCUGUGCAGCUGCGGCAGCAGCGCCCGGCGCCGACCCCCCCGCCUGCUCCCCCUGCCCCCUGCUUGUGUCCGAAAUGCUCUGAGCCUUCCGCCCCUGCGCUCUGCGCCAAGUGCACUCCCCCUCCCCCUCCCCCGCCCCCGCCUGUGGCACCGACUCCGCCUCCGCCCCCGCCCCCUCCCCCUGCUCCUGUAGAGGAACCUACGAAACCAGAGGUCGCGGUGAGGGCUGUGAGCAGCGAGGGCGGAAGCAGCGUGCAGGAGGAAGAUGCGCGGAAGCUGCAGGCGCGCGUGCAGGAGCUGCUGGAGCAGCUGCGGGGGCAGCGGGCGGAGGCGCAGGCCGCCAAAGAGGAGGUGGUGCAGCUGCGCAGCAAGGUGCGCGUCACUGAAAUGGCCACCCAGAGAGCGAAUGACAGGCUUAGCAUCUUAGAGGAGUAUGAACGGAGGGCUCGGGAGGUGGAAGCGGAGCUUGAGAGUACCAAGAAGCUGCUGGCGGCGGGGCGGCGGGCGAGGGAGGAGGCGGAGAGGAGGCAUGAGCUAGAGGUGGAGCAUUUGAAGGAGGCGCGGGCGGAUGUGGAGAGUCAGUUGACUAGGUACGUGGAGGAGGUGGGGCGGCUGGAGAAGAAGUGUGCUGAUGAGGGCCAGGCAGGGAAGGAGCUGAGUGAGAGGCUGGCGGAGGUGCUGGAGAAUGGGGUUGGUGGGAUUGAUUUGGAGGAUUCUGCGAGUCUGGCUGCGAGGGCGGAAGGGCUGGAUCCUGCUGGGAAGGUGGCGCUGCUUGCUGAGGUGGCGUCUAAGUGGCGCGCGCGGGCUGCUGAGCUGGCGAAGGAGAAGGAGAAGCUGCGGGAGGAGAAGGGUGACGUGGAGGGGAAAAUGGAGGAGCUGGAGAAGGGGAUGGGGUCGUGGCGGAGCGAUAGGGCGGGUCUGGAGAAGCAGGUACGGCUGCUGGAUGAGGGGAAAAGAUUGGCGGAGUCUCGGGUUCAAGAGGUGGAGUUACAGCUGUCUGCUAUGCAGGAGCUUCUAGAUGAUGCCAAGGCGGAUUCUGCUGCUGCUGUGAGGCGCAGCAACGGUGGUAUGAAUGCCAGUGAGGUGGAGGAGAUGAGGGAGAGCAAUCAGAAGGCAAGGAGGCGGAUUGUGGAGCUUGAGGGGCAGGUGAAGGCACUAGAGACGAGGCUUGCCGAGUGGGAGGUGAGGGAGCUGUCUGGUUUGGGCGGAGGGGAUCGGCGCGGGAAGAGCAAGGAGCUGGAGGAGGCUCGGAAGAGGAUUGCCGAGCUUGAGGCGGAGGUUCGGAAGGUGGCUGGGGAGUCCGGGGCGGGGAAGAGGGAGGUGGAGAUGAGAGUGUUGAGGUUGGAAGGGGCGUGUGGAAAGCUAGAGACGGAACUCCAGGAGGCGAAUACGGGGAGAAGGAGAGCGGAGGAGAGGGUAGCAGAGGUGCAGGCGCAACUGGUGGGAGUGACAACUGAGGCUAAGGCGGAGGCAGGGAGAGCAAAGGAGCUUGAGGGGCGACUGCAGCGAGCAGAGGCGAGAGAAGGGGAGUUGAUGAGCGAGGUGCAGGGGCUUGAGGGACGGUUGAAGGAGAUGGAGAGGGAGAAGGAGCGGUUGAGUCGAGUGCUGGGGCAGGAGGAGGCGAAGCGGGAGGCGGCAGAGGCGAGGGCGACAGCAGGGGAGGCGGCGGGGGAGAGGGUGAGGGAGCAGAUGGGGAGGGACCUGGCGAGGAUGAAAGAGGUGGAAGCGAAGCUGACAGUGCGGUUGCAAGGGGUGGAGAGGGACAGAGACGAGGUAAAGACGAGGGCGGGCAAGGCGGAGGAGGGGCAGAGGCGGGAGAAGGAGGAGCGGCAGGCGGCUGUAGCGCGGCUACAGGCGGAGGUGCAGCUGCUGACAGAGCAGCUAUCCGCGUCUGUGAGCGCGAGUGGUAACCUGAGAAGGGAGAAUACGAGUGCGGUGGAAGCAGCAGAGCUGAGAGCAGCCAAGGGUAAGUUGGAGGAUCGGUUGAGGCGGGCGGAAGCUGAGCUGAGGGAUGCGAUAGCUGAGAGGAACAAGGCGGAGCUUGAAGUCGAGAGCCAGCGGCGGGCUGUGGCUGCUGAGAAGGCUGCGGCGCGCAGUAGGGAAGCCGCGUGGGUGGUUGAGGCGGAAGGGUUGAAGAGGGAAGCAGCAGAGGCGGGAGAGGUGGUGGUGAAGCUGAGGGGGGUUGAGGAGGAGCGGGAUGAGCUGAUUCGGCAGCUGGGGGAGGCAGAGGCGGGUGUAAAGCGGUUGGAAGCGGUGAGGGAGGAGCUGGAGGGGGAGAAGCGGGCGUUGGUGGCCCAACAGGGGAUAAUGGCAGCGAAAGUGAAGGAGUUGGAGCGGGCUAAGAGCGAUUUGGUGGCUUUGCGGACGGAGAAACAGGUGCUAGAGGAGAGACGGCUUACAUUGUCGCUUAAACUGGCAAAGAUGGAAGAGGGGUUGAGUGAGCUGGAGGAUUUGCGGGCUAAGCAUGUGGUUUUGGAGGGGGAGGUGGGGGAGUUGGCGGCUAAGGCGGGGGAGGUGGUGGGGUUGAGAGAGGAGAAGAAGCGGUUGGAAGGGGUGGUGAGGGAUUUGGAGGAGCGGGUGGAGCAGCUGGCGAGUGUGUCGGUGAGGGGUGGGUCUGCGGGUGGUGGGGGUAGUGCGGGGGGAGCGGGUGGGGCAGUGGCAGGUGCAUUGGCAGAGGAGGUGCGACAGCUGAAGCAGCAGAAUGGGGAGUUGAAAAAGCAGUUGGCGGAGGUGAAAGGAGAGGGGGAUGGGGGGAUGGGUGUGGGCACUGUGGGUAUGGGCGCUGGUAGCGCAAUGAAAGGCAGGCCCAUGGGGGGAGGCGGAGGGGGGAUGAUGGGCGGGGGAGGGGGAGGCGCGUUCGCACGAGGGGGGCGGGCGGGGGGGAUAAUGUCGGCGCGGGGGGGAGGGGAGGGGGGGGCGGAGAGGCAGGUGGAGGAGCUGAGGAAGAGAACGAUGGCUCUGGAGGGGGAGCUGCAGCGCAAGGCAGAGGCGCUGGCCGCUGCUGAGCGGCAGCUGGAGGCCGCCAGGCAGGCAGCAUCUGGGGGAGGUGGCGGGAUGGAGAGCCAAGUAGGCAAGCUUGAGGUGAGAGGCGGGAUCUCCUUUGGGGGGAGUGGAGAGGACCAAGUGCGGUUGUUGGAGCGGACUCUGGAGAGCAGCAGAGCGACAGCAGAGGCGAGGGAGCGCAGCCUGACAGAGCGGCUGGAGCAGCUGGAGGCAGCGAAUGAGCUGCUGGGGAGCAAGGGGGACAACGCCACCGCCAGGCUCAACCAAGAGUUGCGCAAGGCGCAGCAGCAGGUGGGGGAGGCGCGAGUGAGGGAGGCGGAGCUGCGGUGCGCACUGGCCGCACUCAAGGGAUCCGGCACUGAGGCACACGCACAGGAGGAUCCUCGCAAGGCGGCGGCGCAGCGCAUGGCGAGUGGCGUGGCGGAGAGAAUGGCGAUUCUGGAAACGGAGCUGGCAGAGGCGCUGGAGGCCAACAACCGCUACAAGGAGCAGCUCAAGCGUGUACUGUUCUUAGACUUCUCCCUGUCCCUAGACUUAGAAGUUUCCUUCUUCUUCUCCCUGCCCCCUGCCAGUGCACUGGCAAGUGCAGGGGCAGCUGACAGCAGUGCAGCACAGCAGUCGCAUGAGGGUGAGCUGGCAGCAAGACUUGCUGACAUGGCAGCACAGCUGGAGGAGUCCAAGCGGGCGGCGCAGGCAGCAGAGGGUGAGUUGGCGCGAUUGAGGGCGGAGCAUGAGGCAGUGGCUGCCAGGCUGGCACAGGCUGACGUGGACAAGAAGGGGGAGAGAAGGGUUAAGGGAGAAGUUGAGCGGAAAGCUGAGAAGAAGGAUGAAAAGAAGAGGGAGGAGAAGAGGGAGGAGAAGAAGGAGGAGAAGAGGAGGGAGGAGAGGCGGCUGGGUUCAAGGCCUGCCAGUCCGCGAAGCAAGGUGGGGGGGGUUACCAGCAGCACUGCCACUCCUGCCAGUGCAAGUGCGGCCAGGCUCGGCAGAAGCAGCAGCUCCAGAGGCAUGGGUAUAGUCUAG